AAAAUUUCUGGGACUCAAAUCGCUGCACGUCGAUUCUCUUGGCUGAACACGUCCAUCAGCGAUCGAUUGAUCGCCUACAAUACAACCAGAUUACCCACCAUGUCCGGCACGAGGUCCGAGUUCCUGCGCUUCACCGGCCACCGGGCCUUCACCCAGCGCCUAGUGCUCGCCACGCUCACGGGCCGACCGGUGCACAUCUCCAAGAUUCGCUCGUCCUCGCCGACCAACCCCGGCCUCGCCCCGCACGAGGUCUCCUUCCUGCGCCUGCUCGAGGCCGUCACCAACGGCAGCGUCAUCGACGUAUCCUACAGCGGCACAACAAUCACCUACCAGCCGGGCCUGAUCACAGGCACUGUCCCGGGCGUGGGCGCGUCCCUCGCCAGCGACGCCAUCGAGCACGUCCUCCCGGCCGCCUGCACCCGCGGCAUCACCUACUUCCUCAUUCCCCUAGCCCUUCUAGCGCCAUUCUCGAAGGCCCACAUGAACGUGCGCUUCUCCGGCCCGGGCGCCAUCACGUCGGCAACGCACGGCACGGGCGACCUGUCGAUCGACACAUUCCGCACGGCGGUGCUGCCGCUGUACGGACUGUUCGGGAUCCCGCCCGCGCGCAUCGAGCUGCGCGUGCUGGCGCGGUCGUGCGCGGGGCCCGGCGGGAAGGGCGGCGGCGGCGUCGUCGAGAUGCGCUUCGCCAGCCAGGUGCGCCUGCCCAAGACGCUACACCUGAACCGCCGGCCGGGCAGGAUACGGCGGAUCCGUGGCGUGGCGUACUGCACGGGAGUGUCGGCGAGCCACAACAAUCGGAUGAUUACCGCCGCGAGGGGGGUGUUGAAUCAGCUCGUGUCGGAUGUCCACGUGGCGGCGCAGUAUGAUCCGGCGCCGUUGGUCGGGGAGAAGGGGAGUGCGCAGAAGAAAAAGAUUGGCAUUGGGUUCGGGUUGAGCUUGGUGGCUGAAUCGAGUGCGGAGGGAGUCAUCUAUGCGGCCGACGAGGUGGCGCCGCCGGAGGGAGGCGUGGUGCCCGAAGAUAUUGGCACGAGAUGUGCUUACCAGCUGCUCGAGGUCAUCGCGCAGGGCGGAUGUGUAACCGGCGCGGCGGCGCCAACGGUGCUCACCCUGAUGGCUAUGGGGUCGGAAGAUGUUGGGAGGCUAAGGCUAGGGAGGGGAGUAAUGGCUCGAGAAGAGAUAAUAGGGUUGGCGAGGGAUCUGAAGCAGUUCGGGGCGAGCAGUUGGGGCAUACGGGAUGCCGGCGAUGACGACGGGGCAGGUGAUCUGAUAAUUUCGGUAAAGGGGACAGGAGUGGGCAACGUUGGCAGGAAGGUAGCAUGAUCAAUCCAAGCUGGCCUGAGUACGGCUGCUGAACCAC